AUGUUCAAGCAAUCAACACUAUACUUCUUCGUUGCACUGCUAAUAGCAGUUGCCUGUGUGGUGAUCCCCGUCUCUGCAACUGAGCCUACAACAGCGGGUGAAGCGCUGGUUCUUGAGCUGUACAUGCAUGACAUUCUUGGGGGCAGCAACCCAACAGCAAGGCCGGUCACCGGCUUGCUAGGCAACAUCUACAGCGGGCAAGUGCCCUUCGCUAGGCCACUCGGGUUCCUUCCUCCGCAAGAUGGGGUGGUCAUCCCUAAUGCCAAUGGUGCAGUCCCGACUCUCAACCUCAAUGGCAUUCCCUUGGGAACUGGCUUAGCAGGUACAAAUUUUGCUGGAAAUCAGAACAACAAUGGUAAUACCGUGUCAACCCAGUUAGGACCUGAUGGAUUGGGACUAGGAUUCGGAACAAUUACCGUCAUCGAUGACAUUAUAACCUCUGCUCCGGAGUUGGGAUCGCAGUCACUGGGGAAAGCCCAAGGGGUUUAUGUUGCAAGCUCUGCUGAUGGAACCACCCAAAUGAUGGCAUUCACUGCUAUGAUGGAAGGUGGGGAAUAUGGAGAUAGCCUCAACUUCUUCGGUGUUUACAAGAUAGGAAGCGCAAUGUCAUGCCUCUCGAUAACUGGAGGGACUGGCAAGUUUAAAAAUGCUUGCGGCUUUGCAGAGUUGCGAGCACUCAUACCGCCUGGUCAGCAUGUCACAGAUGGUGCAGAGACAUUGUUGAGGAUCACUGUCCAUUUGGAUUACUGA